UCUUACACUCUUUCUUUCUUCACCACACCACCGCUUCACUCUUUUAGCGGGCAUUCGUUAAUCAGACGCCAAUCGCACGAAUUACCAUUCAGCGAAUCACCUAAUUACCACCGACAACAACCCCCCCAAAAAAUCACAAGGAGCAAAGCAAAGAAGACCAGGGUCAAUAUGAAGGGAAUACUUGUUGCGGCCAGCGCGGCCAUCCUCGCCGGCGGCGCGAGCGCGAACAGACUUCACCACCGUCACCUCCACCAGCCCUUGUUCGAGAAGAGGGUUCACAACGAGAGCGAGAUCUGUGUCCCCGGCUGCACCACCAUCUGGACCACCAUCACUGGUCCUGCCGGCCUCUACACUCCUCCCGCCCCUCCCUCCACGGCCGUGCCUGCCACCUCCUCGGCCAUCACCACCAGCGAGGCCUUGCCCACCCUCUCCUCCUCACUGGUCUUCGCCAACUCCUCCUCGAUUGUGGUCCCUAGCACCUCCUCGAUUGCGAUCCCUAGCACCUCCUCGAUUGCGAUCCCUAGCACCUCCUCGAUUGCGGUCCCUAGCACUACCGAGGUUGUUGUGGUCCCCACCACCACCUCCCAGGGCCCCGUCACCGUCCCCACCCCGAUCCAGCAGACCUGCCCUACUCCGGGCACCUACACCUUCCCGGCCACCACUGUGGUCCUGACCGAAACCAAGACCGUCUGCGGUGCCUCUUCCACCGUUGUUCCUAGCGGUACCCACACUCUUGGUGGUGUUACCACCGUCGUCGAGACUGCCACCACCGUUGUCUGCCCGGUUGCCACCACCAAGACUGCCGAGAAUGGUGUUGUCACCAGCGUCGUUGAGCUGACCACCUAUGUCUGCCCCAGCGCUGGUACCUACACCAUUGCUCCCAUUACCACCACUGUCACCGACAGCGAGCCCGUCACUGUUAGGGUCCCUGUUGUCGAGACCUACAACCCCGGCACCUACUCUGCUCCCGCCGUCGUCACCACUAUCACCGAGACCAACGUUGUUGUCUAUUGCCCCUUCACCGCCGUUGAGCCUCCCGUUACCUCGACCCAGGCUCCCGUCGUGCCCACCACCUCCGUGGCUCCUCCCGUUGUUUCCGUGGCUCCUCCCGUUGUCUCCAUCGCUCCCCCUGUUGUCUCUGAGGCUCCCCAGGAGCCCUCGAGCACCUCUUCCGCUGUCCCUGUCGUCUCUGAGGUUCCCCAGGAGCCCUCGAGCACUUCUUCUGCGGUUCCCCAGCCCACCGCGCCCACCGGCAACCUCGGCGGUAAGGGUGACAAGUGGGCCAUGACCUACACUCCCUUCACCCAGGACGGCCAGUGCAAGAGCGCUGCCGACGUCAUGACCGACAUCAAAGCCAUCGCUAAUGCUGGCUUCACCACCCUCCGUGUCUACUCUACUGACUGCGACACUCUCCCCAGCGUCGGUGCCGCUGCUGAGGCCACUGGUCUCCGUCUCAUUCUCGGCGUCUUCAUCGGCACUGCCGGCUGCGAAAACGGCUCCCCUAAUGUCUCUGAGCAAAUCGCCGCCAUCAAGUCCUGGGGCCGCUUCGACAUGGUUGACCUUGUUGUUGUCGGUAACGAGGCUCUCUUCAACGGCUUCUGCACCGUUGGCCAGCUCAGGGACCUCAUCAACCGCGUCAAGUCUGAGCUCGGCAGCGCCGGUUACUCUGGUCCUUACACUACCACUGAUGUCGUCUCUGCUUGGCAGUCCAUGGACAUGACCGACAUCUGCAACGUCAUCGAUGUCGUUGCUUGCAACUCUCACGCCUACUUCGACGCCAACACUGCCCCCGAGCAGGCCGGUACUUUCGUCGCUGGCCAGCUCGCGAUUGUUGAGAAGGUCUGCAACAAGCCUGGUUUCGUCAUGGAGACUGGUUGGCCCACCGCCGGUGAGUGCAUUGGCAAGGCUUGCCCCGGUCGCGAGCAGCAGAAGACCGCUCUUGCCGCCAUCAAGCAGGAGAUGGGUAAGAAGGUUGUCUUCUUCUCCUUCAGCGAUGACCACUGGAAGCAGCCUGGUUCUUGCAACUGCGAGCAGCACUGGGGCUGCGGUGAGAUUUUCGGUGUCACCCUCUAAAGCGGAAGAAGAUAUCAGGAUUGCGUAAAUGAAGCUGUUGGAUACGGUUGGAUAUAGAGGAUGUUCUUUCCCAUUCUCCUAUU